UAUGUGCACGUUGAGCAAAUUGCAAUUGUGUUCGGUUGUUACCGCGUGCGCGUAAGCGAGCGAGCGAGCGUGUUCGACGGGCCGUUUAAAAUUGCUAGCAAGUUUGAUAUUUUGUGCGAGGAGAGUACGUAGCGGAGAAACUUGUGAACGCUCCGAUUCAUUUCUUGAUAUUGAAAUAAGGCUACUACGUUGUACAUAUCACUGUAUGCUAUUGAAUGUGAUUGCACACGAAUACCAUACGUUGCUCGUGGGCAAAAGUGUGUUAGCUAGGUCAACGUUUGGCGUUUCUGACGUAUAGUUGUCGCGCACUUUAACGUCGAAUUUUGACACGCGACUGGUGCGCUCGAAGACACUGAACCUGGAUCAUAGAGAUAUACCUUGACAUUUGGCGGUCGUACUGGGAGGUGAAACUGUGAUCGAAAUUGAUCGACGUGUGCGAACUGACAAAUAGCUUGUGCGUGAGAGACAGCGGAAUUUACUUGGGAAUUUACCGAGCAAUGUUUCUCGGGCUUGUACUAUAUCAUACAUAAUUUUUAUACUGCAUAUUACGCAUAUCUAUAUAACACACACAGGUAUUUUGAGAUAUUCUAUACUUUUAUAUAACGUGUGGUAUUAUUUACAAUAGUGUUUGUCGAGUGCUGAAAUGGGCAAACUCGCGCGGCUAUUUAGAGAUUAAAGAGAGAACUUUGCGAGGAAUCAACGUUGGUCCGUGAAGUCUCUAUUUUCGUUAUGACUUUGCUUAUUUUAGAGACAGUGAGAACACAGAUCUGCGAAUUCUCGAUUUUCACACCUUUACAGAGCGGAAUGUAAAGCGAAUACCAAGCGAAGGAAUUUUAAAUUCUAUUUUAGUUUUAUGAGGGGAUUAAAUGCGCUGUCACAUCGGGGAUAUUCUGCAAAAUACUACACAUAGAAAAAUAUAUACUGCAUUCAAGUAAAUGUUAUGCGUUUCAUGUAUUCUAUAAGUUUAUGUAUUUACAAAUCUAUCAUAAGUUUGUUAUAAGCAUCAAGUUUACCCAAAACCGGGUUCUUGUAAAUUAAGUAUUUCAAUCAAAAAUAUUAAACUGAAGCAAAAAUUCGGCUUGUUUGGCACAUAAAGUCGAACCAUUUUUUUUUUACAAAGUUUUAUAAUAUUUUUGCAAAGAGAAUAAAUUCAUUCUUUUGGAUAAAUGUUUUUUUUAUAAAUCUUUUAAAUAAAUCUUUUUUAUCUUUUUCUUUUAAAUAAAUUAUCUUUUUUAAUACAUGACAAAGUGUGCUUCUCAAAAAUUUGUAAUGAGUAUAUUUUAAGAAUAUUAUUAAGAAAAUAUCUUCUAUUGAAGAUAGCUUCAAAGAAGGAAAAUAAAAGAGAAUAAUCGGUUUUCUUAGCAGUAAAGUGAUAUUUUUCUGUGUGUAGAAAGGAACUAAGGGGCCAAUCUGUAUAAUUGUACAUAAAUGUGUAUAAAUGUGUAUAAUUCGCACAUUCUGCAAGAUCCGCAAAUUCUAUUUUCCUCUCUCUUCUUCUAUUUAUCGUAGAGAUGAGAGCCGGGAAUUAUAUCGAAAGCGUAGAAAUUGGCGGCCAAGAAAAUCCGAUGCCUUACUGACCGCGAAAGUUAAGUGCAAAGAAGAACAAUCUCUUGAGAUAAUGGCUUUGUUCCGAAACGAGUAAUAAUAUCGCGCAUCGUACGAAGGAGGUGGGGACGCGCAAUCUUCGUCUAAUUAGAGAGAUUGGAUCGAGGAAUCUCCGGAUAAUGCGGCAUUGCAGCUGCAAAAUCGCCACUGUGUGGCGCGACGCGAGGCGACGCGACGCGACGCGCGAUGCAUGUGACGUCGGUUGUGCAAUGUGUGUAUACGCGCCGUAAUACGGACACAUAAUUGUUCGCCCGCGGUUGUAUAAUGCGGCUUCCAGCCAUGUCGGCAGUCGUCGGCGGAGCGUCGCUCCGACAUGAACGCGUAGCAAAAACCGCGCGGUUUCAGCCAUCGCUCACGACGCGACGCUAUCGAUACUCGAACGACAUAAGACACAUCGAACGCGCGAUGAUCCCGCGAAAUUCAAUUGACCGUCGGACACGAACCUGUGCGAAAAAUGGUCCUCGAACAAUCAAGUUAUCGGAGCCUCAAAAGUACUAGUUGACUAUUGAAUGUAAUGCACGUGAAAUUAGGUCGUAAUAUCGAGUAAUAUUGUUGCGUGUCGAUUCAUUUGGUUUAGUGACGUGUGUCAGGUAUAGCUUUGGCUUUAAUUGUGGUAUGUGUAUCGUCACAAUUGAAAUAAUUUAUUUUCUGUGUGGACUUUCGGAAACUCGAAGUGAACUAUCAAAAUUCGGAAUUUCUUAAAUUCUUUGAUGUGACAAAAUUAAUUUAUUUUUAAUUUCUAGUCGAUUUCUUUGUCGGAUGUUUAGUGAUAUGUGCUAGGUUUCAUAGUUUUGACUUUAAUUGUGGUAUAUAUACUGUGUCAUAGUUCAAAUAAUCUAUUUAUCGAUCUUCAGAAACUCAAAGCAGUGAACUGUCAAAAUUUGAAAAAUUGUUUGACGUGGCAAAAUUAAUUUCGACUGCAUAGUCACACAAUUUAUCAGUUGCUUAAUAACGUAUUUCAUAUUUUAACAUCCAUUGUGGUAUGUGUACCGUCAAAGUUCAAAUGAAUUUUCAAAUGAUUAUUUUCUAUAUAAACCUUCGUAAACUUAAAACAAUGAACUAUCAAAAUCCGGAAAAUUGUCUGACAUGUACGAAAUUGAUUUUGAACGCGCAUAAAUGAAUGCUCACAUUGCGUACGUUUCGCUGGCGACUGUUCGAAUCGUCGACCGGCACUUCCGUCGACGAGUACAAUCGCGAAUUCAGUACGUUAGCGUGAAUUCGCGUCCCCGUCGUCGCUACGAGGUGGCGACUACUUUUUGUGCUCGUUACGCGAAACUGGCCGAUCGUCAUCGGAAGGCUCGUCUCGCGGUCGCGGCGCGCGCUAUUCAGUGCGCGACGUGACGUCGAGACGCGCGUGAUGCGCUUCGUGCAACGAGAGCGUGAAGUAAUGAGGAAUAAAGGAAGACAGGUGGGCAGACGGAAGAAAGGAAAGGAAAGAAAAGUAAAAGAAAAAAAUAUCAUACGACGAUCCGAGUGAUUUCGAGCAAAACGAACGCGUUGCAACGCCCGGCGUUCCUGCACCACGAAUCGUAAUUACGUAAUAUCGGCCGUCGAGGAAGGUGCGACCGUUCGCGUUGUUCGUUUGUUCGUCUGUUUGUUUGCUCGUCAUCCGUUGGUUCAUCCGUCCCGAUUCUACCGCGCCGUUGUCCGCGUCGUCGUGCUGUCCAUCCGCUGUCCCGUACUCGUCAUCGUCAUGGUCGUUAUGCUCGUCGUGCUCGAGUGACACGUUCGCGCGUGCUUACAAUCUUCGAGCGGACGACACCGUUCGAAUUCCAUCGCUCGCGACGCCGUUGCGCGCUUCCACGUGAGUCGCGUAGACCGUGUAUACGCUCGUCGACGACUCGGCGAGAGCCAAGGUGAAGCCAAGGGAAGCAGAGGAGAGGAUAAGCGAGACGAGAGAGAGGUACCACGCGACGCGCCCGCUAAAUUUAUUGCUCGACGUAGCUUUCUUUAUCUUUCGUCGCGCCGCGAGUGUCAUUGGAUUCGCGAGAGAGGAAGGAGGAGGGGGGAGGGGGAGAGAGAGAGAGAAAGAACGACGCGGCGCCGUGAAACGUCAUUGUCGCGUUGUCAUUACCGUAACACGAACUAUCCGAUGCUUUUUCGCGAUUACCGCGUCAUGUGCCUCGAGGUGAGCCGUGCGGUGCGAAGUCUCGCGAAUAGCUCGACGAUCAGCGUCGAUAAUGUGAGUGCAGAAUAGAAGUGUUCACGGAUUUCGUUGGAGGAUUUUCGAAGACUGCGGUGGCCUUCGCUGUGAGCUAAAUUCGCAGGAAUUGUUCGAGUACAGGACGUAGGGGAUCGCGCAAUGUACUUGUAUCCAGAUAAAAUUUGUGGUACAUAAGAGUCAGAAGUUUCCAAGUGUUGUCAGCGUCUCUGCGAUAAGCGAAACUCGUGGGAUACAAAACAAUUUGUUAAACCGUACGAUAAGCGAAAUUUGUGGGACAUAGGACACAGUUUUAUCAUGCGGAUGCCCUCGCGAUAACGCGGUGUUGCGCAGUUUGUAACUGAAAAGACGUAAGAUAAAAAUAAAUAAUAGUUGUGCGUAAUAGAAAUUCGUGCGACAUGGAACUUUGUGCACGAUAAGGAAAAGCGUUUGCGCGACGUCAUCGACACUUCGCGUGUGCGCGCAUCGCUCGUAAAGUCACGUCGUAAAGUAAAAUGCCGUGAAAGAGCGACUUGAAAUGGUUAUUGGACUGUUACGCGUCGUAUGAAAGGAAACUCCGGUGCACACGAAGUGUAGAAACUUCGCAAGAAUCUCGGAUUCUUCGAUAAUGAGACGCGGUCUCGCGACGACGUCUACUUGAAGACUGAGCCGGCGAUCAAUUAGGACCAUCAAUGUUCCUCCUCUACGAACGACCAAGAUCGACCAAAGACGCUAAAAAGAAAUUCAAAAACAUUCUGAUUCGAUGUCGAGGAGAAACCCUUUUUCGCUCAGAUGGACAGGAAAAUGAACCCCGCGACGACAAGCGACGCUCUUCCCGCUCGCGAUAACAGCUGCGCGCGUUUUCGAGACACGUUUUGCUUCACCGUUGCUCGCCACGACUCGAUCGCGGCUUAGUGGCGUUUCUCGCAACGGUAUCUCGAUAGGAACGAGGAGGGAGAGAACGAAACGAAAUCAAGGGAAGAGAUCCGAGGUAUCGAUUCCAUGCGGAGAAGUCCCGCUCUCUAUCUAUAUAUAGCGUCGCGGAACGGAGAUGAACGAGGUGAGGCACGUUCUGACGGCUCUGAGGUCUCCCACGAAGAGCUCAACUUUGAACAACAGCGUGGGCGUCGCGACGACAACGUGGUACGACGUCCCGGCGCCGAUCAUCGUGCACUGCCGCGAGUUCCACGAGGACGCGGAACGUAGCGGGGAAUUUGGCGCGAAAGAGCGCGAGAAAGGGAACGAGGAGCUCGAAGUUGUUUCAUCCUUUCCAGAGAAGAAUACGAACGUGACAUUCAUCGACGAAAACAUGGAAGCCCGCUGCCGCGAGAAUGACGGGAAAGUCAAGCCCUUAGCGAAGGCCAUGAGUGUCGGAGGAGUUUGGUCCUCCAACAAUGGCGAAGCCUUGUAUCAGAACAACGUGGAGGCGGCGUUAAACAGCUUGAGCAAAGUCUGCACGGAGUCCUCGCAACUCGGGACGAAUCUGGAGAGUUGUCGCGCGAAUGACAACCGGAACAACCGGAAGAGACACAGUUCCACGGUGGAGCUGAACGCCACCACGACGGUGACGACCGACAGCGACGGGGUGCCGACGAUAAGCUUCAGUUUUUUGCACACGAACGAACAAUUUCACCAGGACGCCGUCGAUGACGAGGAGGUCGUCAUUUUGGAGGUCGAUACGAGCGACCAGACCGACUGCACGGCUCAUCAACUGUACGACCUUCCCAAGAACGCAGUCUCGGGCAAUAAUCGAGUCUCUUUAGAGCAGCAAAAAGACGAUAAAAAAGCGGAAGAUGAUUCCCCCUCGUCGUCGAUAGUACGUCAGGAUCUUUACGACGUGCCGAAGUCAGCGAAGCAAGACGUGUCGCGAGAGGAGGCAACGUCAGACUGUGACCCGCAUGAAAAGGGCCAUAAGGAAGUUCGGAGAACGUUCGAUCUGUCUAAGAGAAACCAAGACGACCAAACGAAACGGUCGACCAGGUCGCUCAAGUCGGGCAGAAGGAGUUACGGCGCGUCCGACAGUGACGGCUACGACGCCGGCAUAGCGUCGAUGUCUGGCUCAUACUCUGAUCCGGAGUGCCAGAACGAGGCGGCGUUGUCGGUGAGCGGCGGCUCGGAGCGCAGCAAGCGGCUCAAGCUGCAGAAGAGACGACUCGGCAAGGCCUGGGGCAGGAUGCGCAACUGGUUGCGAGAGGAAAGGACCAAACUCGGCGAGGUGGUGAACAGGCACGCCAGGUUGCAAGCGGUCGGCGCGCUUAAUGCCGAGACGCGGAGCGAGGCCGCUUCCGGGGUGUCCACCAAGAGCAAGCAACGCGGCUUCUACGACCUGACACGGGCCCGCACGCAAGAGUCUGGCUCGAUCACCAGGGUGGAGGAGUUCGGUCUGUCGUCGGUCUCAGAAGAGGCGAACGCCUCCGAUAUAGAGAGACCGGCGUCGGCGUCGCCUGACUCUGGCAAAGUGUCAACGAAUGGUGCCGAUGUGUCGCAGCAUCGAUCACGACAGUUGCGCAGCAAUCUGAGGCAGAAAACAGCUAGCUCGGACGACAUCUUGGACAACAGGACGAGGCUGCAUUCGCAGCCAGUAUCCUUCAGCAUGGAUAAGCUCUGCUCGGACGCUGAGAACGACGGGGCGACGACGACGAUGACGGCGACCGAUGCUGAAGCGUCGAGGGACCACGGUGGGAAAGGUGGCCUGAUUAAGAGGAGAAUGCUGGGGUCAAUCAGGGGGUUAAUGGCCUCGACUCAUCUGCUGCAGACCUACGAGAUCGAGGAGGGAGGACAAGGCGGUUUCGAGGACGUGCGAAGAUACGUCAAACAGGGAGGCGACUUUUGCAAGGAACUGGCGUCAAUUAUUCAUGAAAGGGCCGAGUUGGAAGCUACUUACGCCAAAGGACUCAGUAAACUCAGUAGUAAGCUAACGAAGGCAUGCACCAAGGAUCAAGGUGGUAAUAGUAGCGGAGGUGUGAACGAGGCAUGGAGGUGUGUCGGUGAAGAGAUGGAGGCUGCCGCGGAAGCCCACAGGGUGUGGGGCAUCGCGCUCAGCGAGCAACUCGCCAAACCGCUCCGAGUGGGCGUAGCUGAAGCUCAGGGCCGGUCAAGGAAGUCCAUUGAGAACUCGGUGGACAAAGCGUCCAAGGCGCUUCAGGAGUGGCGCGGGAUCGCGUCCAAGAGCAAGAAGCACAGUUUCGCUUGCGCCCGUGAGAACGAGAGGCUGCAGGACUUGGCGCGGCUGCAGACCAUCAGUCAAAGUCAGCAGAAUAACAAUACCAAGUCGUCGAGUCAUCACAUGACAGAGAAGGAAGCAAGCAAGCUGGAAACUAGACGGAGGAAGGCCGAGGACUCGUCGCGAAGGGCCGACACGGAGUUUUACACGGUGAGCGUGAGAGCAGAGAGGGCCAGACUGGAGUACGAGAGCACCGUCAGAAAGGGUGCGAAGCAAAUGGAGUUGCUGGAAGAGGAGCGGCUGAGUGCUUUGAAGGAUUUGGCCAAUGUAUAUCUGGCACAUCUGCAAGCGCUUGCGCCGCGACUGCAACAGAGUGCCGAUCGUCUGCAGACACCUGUGCGCAGCUGUAAUGUGCCGCAAGAUAUCGAAAUCCUAAAAAAUCUCAUACGCCGAAUAGAUAGUAACGACGCGACGAACGCGGAACAGUUACUGCCCGAUUUUUACGCCGAGCACGUCACGCUAGCGAUGAAUCGUGAACGACGAAAGCAGUCUUUGGUGAGGGUGUUGCAUUUAAUAAGGCAGGAUUUAGACAGGGAGAAGCGGGGUCGUGAAGGAUUAGAGACGUUACAUCGGGCUUUCAUCAAAACACCAGCAUUCGCUGCAGAUGAAAGCACGCAAAAUGUGACGGAUAAAUUACAUCAUAUGCGCUCGAUGUUGCUGUACUUGGAGGCGGCCAGAUACAAGGUCAGCGGUACGCUUGCGGAAGUUGAGGGUAGUAAACGAGCUAAGCAUCCCUUAUCGGAUCAUAUUUUGGUCUCGAGAGACAAGCAGGGCUUGCAGCAAAGUGUUCUUAAGAUUCCUUCUUGGGCAAAGAACGAAUCCUUUGAGAUUCAGGACGGCGAUGACGAACUGGAGAUGCAGUUAACGAAGGAUCAAGAUGCCGAUACACGCGACUGGGCCGAUCGUACGGCUGGUGACGGCAAUUCCGAGAAUCCUCCGGACGAGGACGACUUCAGCGACUUCGACGAGUUUAGCAGCCAUUCAGAAGACAACAAUAAUCAAGACGUCGAUGGUGCAGAGGUGACGGUAAAGACCGAGCGUGCGGAGCAAUGUCGUGCGAUUUAUCAAUAUUCUGCGAAUCUGAACGACGAGUUGAGUCUCAAUCCAGGCGAUUUGAUAACCGUCCAUCAAAAGCAGGCGGACGGCUGGUGGAUAGGUGAGUGCAGAGGCCGCACCGGCAUAUUUCCUGCCACUUACGUCCAAGUCAUUCAUUGAUACGUUUAAACGAGAUACCGUAUCGUCGAAUACAUUCAGCGUAAUGCUCGUUAAUGCUCGUGGAUCCCGCAUGUGUGAUGGCGCAGGUCUUCUCGUGCAGUAGCUUCUGUUUGGCUUCGCUAAAAAUUAGAUAAGAGUAUUAUAAUGUGCCAAUAACGUUUCAUGCGACCGACGGUAACGGUUAUUCUACACGCGCAAGUCGGGUAUUGUAGAAGAACGACUGGAGAAUUAGUACCAAAUAGUAGUUAUAUACUAUCACAUGCGAGAUGGUCACUGAAAUGUUCCGUGCAAGCGGAAUUAUUUUACAAGGAACAUCCGCGAAGUGUGUAUCUCCGAUUUCGAUAAAACUUGGCAUAUUUAUAAAAUAGCCAGAAAUAAACGAUCCAUUUUUUAUCGGCAAUGGCUCAAGUUUAAGGAGUGAAACUAUCCUUUAAAGUUUCACCCCCAUCCACUUUUGCUAUCUCUGUAAACGUUAGAGAUAGAAAAAAGACUUUUUAAACACAAAUUGUACGGUUUUUUAUAAAAAAUAAAAUGGGCUUUUACAUUAAGAAAAAAUAGCUUUAAUCGUCAACAAAACAGUUAUUGCCAAUAAAAAAUAUGGGUCUCUUAUUUUUGGCUGUUCUAUAAAUAUGCCAAGUUUCAUCGAAAUUGGAGACACACACUUCGCGGAUGUUUCUUAAUCGUGUCCUUGUUAUUAGCGCAUAUUUUAUAUUUACAUUAUUUGUUUUGCUACAAUUAGUUUAUUUAUAACGCUCCGAGAAUGUGAAAGAAAGAGAAAGCUCGAUUCUGAGCUUUAUACAAUAUCGGGUAUAUUUUUUAUGAAAUUUAUAUCUAUACAUUCUUGUUAAAGAUAUACAGUAUAUUUGAAAAACGCAGAAAAGUUGCACCGAGAUUUUGCGUUGCUAUAAACGACGUAUUUUUUCAUAUAUACGUGUAAUAAAUAAAAAAGAACCAAGUACUAAAGUAUCUUAAGGGUUUGCAGGAGUCAUAGUGAAGAUCUCUCGCGGAGAGCUGCGAAAUAGGCAAAGGAAUUUCCCAAAUUUUGAUUAAAAUACGGAGAAAAUCAUCUUAUAUUUAUGAUAUUUGUAGUCAGAAGAAACGUCUGCAGAAUGCUAUAGAUUUCUUUUCUUUUUUAAAGGUCAAAAAAGAACCGAAUAAAUUAUUGAAUGAACAUUAAAAAUUUGUGGUGCAGCAUGAGCCUAUAUAUUAAUUUAUUACAAAUUUUCAAGGGUUUAAAUGUAAAAUCGGACUUUGUAGCUCUUUUCGCACUAAUGCAAGGAAGAAAUAAAAAAUUAUUUGUUGAGUAAAUGUAAUAUCUAUAAGGUAAAAUAUGUCAAGUUACAAAUACUAUGGAAAGUGUAGCUUAGCUGCAUUAACUUGCAGCUGUUGCGUUCCGCGCAAACGAUGCAUUAGUAUCUGUAUCUAUAUGGACAUACAAUUACACAUGGAACGGAAGUUUUCGCCGCACGAGGCCUCUCAAAUCAAAUCAGGAUCUGCUCUUGUGUGGCUCCUGCAGAUCCUUAAUAGAGAAAUUAAAAGUUUUAUAAAUCCGUCUUGAUAUUUUAUACAUAAUUUAUAAAUGUGACACGAUCAUAAUUAUUUAGUCUAACGACGGCCUGGGGUUAUGCUUACAGAAUAAUUGCGAUAUUAUUUUAUCGAAACUAUUUCGCUAGCACGGGGUUAUAUCGACUCUUUAUAGCUAGUAUACUUUUAUUUUCCAUACAUAGUAACUAUGACAUCUUCCUAUAGUUCUACAGUUUUCUUUUUCAAAAUUACUGAUACGUUUUUAAAUUAUUUUGAAUAUUUUUCGAGCACGCUGUAUACAUAUAUCGUAUCUCAUGUUUAAGACUACGUUUCUUGUGGUUUUCUUUUUUUAACUUAUUGAAAAAUAGAAUCACUUAUAUAUAUAUAGUAAAGAAAGUAAUUGAUACAUAAGAAAGUAAUUGAUUUUUGGAAUAGCGAAUAUCGCGACUGUUUGCAAGCGCACAGAGAUAAUAGAAAUGCGCGUUUAAACAAACACGAAGACAUUGUAAAUAUUAUUUGUACUAUGUGAGAAUUUUCAACUGUAUAUAUAUCAAUACAUCGAUUAUUUAAGUAUACUGUACACGAUGAAAAAUUGAAGUGCAUUUAUUUACAAAUAUAAUAACUUGUCUAAUUAAUGGUGUGACUACAAAUCUUUUUAA